AUGAAUACCUCGAGUACAGGGAACCGUGCGCUUUUAGGGCUGCUGGCAUUAACCUUGGUAGCAACAUGCAUCCGUUUUUCCCGAACACUGGAAGAUUUUUUACCUUUCUCCUCUGACAAUACAAUAGAAAUCCAGGACCCCUUGCCGUUGAAGUUAGAUCGUGACACAGAAAUUGCUGAGAUCUUCAACACGUCUAUAUAUGAAAGCGAUACAACGGAUGUCGAGACUGCAAUUGAAGUCAAUUUGAAGACCAUACAAGAAUUGAAAGCAGAGUGCGAUAUUCUUGCAGCAAUCUGGACUGUCAAAAAUAUAGCUGAUAUUCCAGAUAGCGAUUGCAGGCGAAUGGAAAUUGCCUGCGGUAUAAACAAUUGUCAUGCAGCGCUAUUCGAUGCGGUGGUCACAUGGGUAAACGGAAGUGACGCGUCUUGGAAAACCAAUUAUGGCAAUGGAAUCAGAUACGUAGCUAAUCUAGACAGUACACUUGCAAAAGCAUCAUCCGCGGACAGUCGGUUCAGAGACUUCGAUCAGUUGAAGUAUACGCUGCGGAGUAUUGAAGACAAUACACCUUGGGUUCGACGCAUAUAUAUUAUCACUGACAACCAGUGGCCCGUCUACCUCAGACCCGCUGACCAGGCGUUGAGGAUACGAUAUGUAUCUCACACAGACUUAUUCGAUAACUACUAUAACACAAUGCGUCCCGAGUUACUCACUUCUCCUCGUUUGCCUUGCUUCAAUAGUAUCACUCUUGAGCUGUUGACACCGUUUAUACCCUCCUUGAGUAAUGUGUACCUGAAUUUGAACGAUGAUACGGGCUUCUUAAACCCAACACCAUUGGACUUUGUGUACAAUACGACAAGCGAGAAGGCCGUGCUUAGGUUAUGGUCAUGGUACGAUUCAAACUUCCAGAACGGUAUGGACAAAAAUGCGUUAGACUGGGCUAAGUUGGAUUUGUUGUUGAAUGCUUGGCACACGAUCCCUGAGGUCAUGGAAAGCAUAGUAUACCACCCUUUCAGACAUCAGACGGAUCCUACGACAUGGCCGUUUGUCAUGCUGUUAGGCUAUCCCACACAUUACGAGAGCCGGUCGGAGGAGAACGAAAUUCUCUUCAACAAGUUGAAGAAGAAUUCAUACCAGAGGUUGCUUACGCAGAUGAAAGAAGACACAGUAACGAAGAUGCUUUGUUUAAACGACGACAUGGAGGACGAUGCCGUUACACCCGAAGUGUUUGACGAGAUACAUGAGGCCUAUCAGAGUAAGUUUCCAAAGAAGGCAUCAUUUGAGAUGUAAAGCACUCAAUGUAUAUACAAUAUUCAAGUACGAGAGACCCAAACAUUGGUAACACUUCUUGUAGAAGUAAUAAAGAAUACCAC